GAGGCGCUAUUUCAUGCCACCACCAUCAGACAGACAGGUUGCUAGGUAAGGAGCUGGGCAGGGAGUUUACAGUCAAACGUGCUACAGCAGGUUUGGAGCAAGUGAGAGAUCAACCUGGCAUCAUACUGUACUCAGGAGAAUCAGUUUAAAUCAAGAGUCAGGAGGUUGGCAGAACAGCCUGUGACACAAGUAAAUAAGUUGUUUCCAGGUAGAAAACAAUCUGCUUUUGAUGAGUUUUCUUUCUUGAGGCAACAGGAGAAAUCGGGGUCUGUUCUGCUCCAGUAAACUCCGUUUUUUCCCUCGACUUCUCACAAAGGAGGAUCUGUCCGCUCUGCUGCAGGUAGAUAACUGCGCUCAGUUUUGACAAGGUGAGGCGGAAGCGAUAUGGUUCAUUCGUGAGGAAUCAACCUGCUGCCAAAUGUUUCCCGUUUUGCUUUGACCACCUGCAAACAGCCGGAUCACAGGCUGUUCAAGGAGGAGGACAAAUACACACAGCGCAUGUUGGAUCUAAUGAAAUGGACCCAAGCUGAUGCCCCGAGGCCCUCCACCCCAGUCUGCCCUCACUUGCCCCCCCCCCUCUCGCUCGGCCACGGGUAGAGAUGGCAGCAUGUCCGGAUGUGCCAGCCAUUCCUGUAGUUGUGGUUGGGAGUGUUUUAUUGCUGGUACUGAGCAGUGAUCCUGUGUGGGGAAAUUUUACCACUGUUGCAAGUGUGACCCAGUCUAAUUACACUAAUGGACCCAACAUUGCAGCUAUUGUUGCCCCCACGGUCACUCUGGGUGUCCUGGCCAUAGUCUUGGCUGUUCUCGGCUGGCUCUUCUGCGUGGUGAAAAAGAAGAGGCAGACUGAAGGGACAUACAGACCAAGUGCCGAGGAACAGUCCGGCACACGCAGUGUGGCUGCACCGGACAUGCUGAAGUUACCGAAGGAGGAGAGACUCAUUUGAGAUGUGGUGCUUUAUGCUCUAACAAAAUCCUGGGAGGACGGUGGGCUGCAAACACGCGCACGGCGGCGCUCCUGUGUGACGAGGCUCCUCCCAUUUGAGCUGAUGGAUGAAAGAGAAAUCUCUCGGGUUUGAGAGAGGACAGAGUGCCAUGUCUGACGCACGGUAACAUGACGCAUUUACUUACUGCCUCGUUUCAGCAAGCACUGAGCAGUCCCUGUAUGAGGAGAGGCAUUUGGAUGUAUCUUUCAGUGGAUUUUAAGAUAACAAAUGAACAUUUCAAGGAGGUUUUGAGCAUUUCCUCUGCACAAGUGAAACAGAAGCUUCAGUAUUUUAUCACCUCUAAUAAUUAUAGCUUUAAUCUGUUUUCUCAUCUCAGUUGCCUCAAUAUUCAAUCUACCAUGUAUCUGUACUUGAUUUGAACAACCAUUUUUUUUGCCUUUGCCACGGAGAGCCCCGAUGAGUCCAUUGUAUUUGAAACAGAUGCGCUUUUUUAGCCUGACAAUGAGUGUAAUCAAACAUCUUAUCACAGUGCAAAAAGAACCUGCUAGUAAUAGAAAUGUGGAUAUACUGGGGUAUUAUACCCAGCAAAAGCAAACGGUUGUUUACACUGUUAGUAUUCUUAGAAAAAUUGAAUGUAAAGUGGCAUUAUUUCAAAAUUUUCACUUCGUCUGAUCAGCCAAUGCAGCACGUAAUGCAUUGUAAUCAAGCAGAGAUGUUUUACACUGUCACAGCGUAUAUUUAUUAAUGCUAUUGUUAAAUAAAUAAUGAGAUAUUUGUAUAUUAGUUGAGUAAUUAAACUUUACGAAGCAUUUCAAA